AGAGUAGGGAGAGGGAGAGGGAGAGCCUUUGAGGACAACUGAGAGAGGGAAAAGCAAAGAGUGUUUAGACCGAGUCGCGGACAGACACACCACCUCCUCCUCCGCCACCACCACCACCACCACUACUACCACUACUACUACUACUACCACCACUACUGCCGCCGACGACGCUUGGAUAAAAACCUCUUCCUCUUCAUCAUCAUCAUCAUCAUCAUCAUCAUCAUUUAUAUCGUCUUUCAUCUUCUCGCUAAGUAUUUCCAUUUCUGCUUCGUUAUCAUCUCUUCUGCCUCUUCCUCCUUUUUUUCUUCCUCGGACUCGUGUUUAUAUUUAUUUCUAUUUAUCUCUUCUGUUAUCUUGCUUCUUUAUUUUUUUCAUAUCUUUCUCAUUUUUUAUAUUCCUCCGUUUUUUUUUUUUUGUUUCCAUCCAUUUUCAUUUAUAUUUUUCCCAUCUCUCCCCCUCUCGCUCUCUCCCCCUCUCUCUCUCUCCAUCAUUCUCCCUCCCCGUCUUUCCUCUCACUCUCUCUUUCCUUCAUAUAUAAAUAACUGCAUCUUUUCUUCCUCCGUUUAAAUAACUCUGCAUUUACUUACUCUCUUUCCAUCACCGGAUAUGUAAACACCAUUGUCAUCACCACCACCAUCACCACAUAACGCCGGCACCAGGAGCACCACCACCACCACCAUCACCACCAUCGCCAUCACCACCUCACCCUCAUGGUUGGUAAAGGCUGCGUCAUCACCACCACCAUCACCACCAUUACUAAAGGUGUGUGUCUGAGUAUAGAGGAGUGAAGGAGUUUGUGUGACCACUACUACUACUACUACUACUGUUACUACUGCUACUACUACUACUACUGCUGCUACUACUGCUGCCGCGGAGGUUCCUGGUGCCGCCGCCGCAACCAUCACCACUACCAUCUCCUCUACGGAUCCUAAAGGAGAUCAGAUGGCGACGCCAGAGGCCAACAUGACGGGCGUGCGAGGCUCAGGGGAGGUGAGCCCGGGCCACCCGCCGCCGCCGCGCCACCUACACAACUUCAACACGUUUCAGUUCGUGUCUCAGUUGGUGUCCGCCACGCCGCCCUACCUCUUCAACAUGUCCACACCCUUCCCCGGGAACUUCUUCAGUGACUUGCUGCGGCGGAUGGCGCCCCGGGCGGGCUCCCCAGGCCUGUCCGCCGACCAAACACUGCAGCAGCACAUCCGCGCCGCCCUUCUUGCUAAGGCCGUUCCACCGCCGCCCCCCUCGCUGCCGCCCACCGUCAUGCCGCCACCGCUGGACCUGGACAAGGGCGUGAAGCGGUCCCUGUUCUCGGAUGUGUCGGCGCUCAGCUCCAGCGAGGAGGAGACUGGCGGCGGGAAGCGGCCGCGCUUGGAGACAGAGACCAGGGAGAGUGACAAGCACCCGCCAGAAGGCCUCCCCGCGCCCUUCCUCAUGCAGGCGCCUUUCCUGCCCUCCUCUGUGCCACCGCCGCAUGACGUGCUGAAUCCCUGGUCCACCCGCGCCUCGCUCCUCCGCCCACAGGUGCCCAUGGCCGCCCAUGUGCCGCCCACACCCCUCGAUCCCUACCGCCUGCUGCUGGACCUGCGUCUGGCUGGACAAUUACGGACCAUGGCGGCCACUCAAGCCCUACAGGGCAAAGAGGGGCCCCUCGCUGGCGGGGUUGGUGGUGGCGGCGGCGGUGGCGGCGGUGGUGGGGGAGGGGGUGGCCUGGGCAGCCUGCACCACUCUGUCAACCCCGGACACGCCCCUCUCACCCCGACCAAGAGCUUGGUGAGCGGCCGCGCAUCCCCAUCGCUGCCUGAUCCCCGCCCGCCCCGCGAGGACCCGCCGCACCCCGUCUCGGUCCCCACCAGCGUGGGCGGCCUGCACAACAAUGAUGACCGCAUCUCUGCCUUCCACCCACCAGCACGCCCGCACCCUGACCCCGGUGUGGACACCAGCGACGAGGACUCCACGGAGCGGCGGAGUUGCAGCCGCAGCAGCAGCGGCAGCGCCAGCAGCGGCCGCGAGGGUCUCGGGCCGCAGUACAUCUUCCGCCACCUGACACAAAUCUACCGCUCCAUCGACGGCCACAAGGGGGAGGGAGAGGGCGGCGAUGACUGCCGCAGAGAGGCCGCCCCGCCCUCACCAGACCCGGCUCGUGGGAGGGAGCCCUCCGGCCCACCACAUGACCCCCGCUCAGACCCUGGGCGCGACGACCCCCGCCCAAAGGAGGGUUGAUAAUCCGGCGGGCGGGCGGCGGGGCCCUACCAGCCAUGGGCUGUGAGCCUGAGUCCCGCGCCGCCCCUCCCACCCCCCUCGGUGUUCAGUGUGUAGCUCAGUAAGACAACUCGGUGUCUCUCUUUCCACUGUCGUCUGGUGACCGUGGCGUCGCGGCCCCGCCCAUCCGUACAGCGACCCGCCCGCCGCCCCGCCUCUCCCCACCCAGCCCUGCCCCGCUCAGCGGCCUCCCCUUCGCCAGCACCACCAAAAUGCAGCAGCGUCGAGCACUCCAAACUGC